AUGACAGGGCACGACUCGAUUCUCGUGAUGGUCGUCUCUCUGAGCAAGAUGUGUCAUUUCGUUCCUGCAAAGAAGUCAUCCACAGCAGCAGACACUGUGGAGCUUCUCGCAAACUCUCGUAUGCGCUACCACGGAUUUCCAGAGGUACUCAUAUCGGACCGCGACCCCCGCUUCCAGUCGGACCUCUGGCAGCAACUAUGUCGCCGCUUUUACAUCAAACGGUGCAUGUCCUCGUCCUACCAUUCGCAAAGCAACGGUCAAACUGAAUGGGUUAACAGCACAAUGGAGCAGAUGCUUCGUACCUCCAUCCAAUCCGACGAACGCGAGUGGGUGCGUUUGCUUCCCGCCUUGGAACUUGCCUAUAACAGGACAAGCCAUUCAUCCACCGAGCUCUCUCCCUUCGAGGUCAUGAUCGGCGAGAACCCGCUGUCUGCUGUGAGUCUUGAUAUCGUAGGCGCGUUAGCUCCUACGCUCACUCCUCCGAUGGCUAAGCUCUUCCGGCAGCUCUGCGACAGAGCGCAGAGCCACACACAGAAGGCGAAAUGGCAGCAGAAAUAUUACGCAGACAAAAAGCGCCGAGCUGUGGAGUAUGCAGUGGGCGACAAGGUAUGGCUCAGCAGCAAGCAUCUACCGGCUUCUUCUAGCUGCCCUAACUUCGAGAUCCGUUACCGAGGACCCUUUGAAAUCAUUGAACGCAUAGGGACCGUUGCUUACCGUCUCGCUUUACCUCCUACUUAUGAAUGCCACAACGUCUUUCAUGUUCCGCAGCUAGUUCCCCACCGCCCCCGCCCUCCUGACAUGGCUCCCCAGGAAGCCGAUACCGCCUGGCCCCCUAUCCGCAAUGCGGCAGGCAAUUUGACAGAAAAGUAUGAAAUCGAUUAG